AUGUCCUCGGGACUGGAUGCCACUUCCUUCUCGCCCUCCUGCGGGAGCAGCCUCUCCCUCUUGCCGCCUCAGGAGAGGCGGAAGAGGAAAGGGACACAGCCCUUUUUGCAGGGCAGGCGCAGAGAUGGCCGACUCCCCGAGGAAGUUAGACCCAUGCACGUUCAGACGCUGUCCCUUGGCAGCGCCUCAGGCUCGGCCUUCGUCUCACUUGGGAAUACAAAAGUUUACUGCGCCAUCUUCGGACCGCGUUCGGCCGGACGGAGCGAUCUGCAGGACCGCGGCUUCAUCAAAGUAGACUACAGAGGCUCUCCAUUUUUCAAUAAAAAGGCGGAGGACGGGAGUGGGAGCACGGAGCAGAGUGCCAUGCUGCUGCAUCAGGCCCUAGACAGCGCCGUUCAGCUCCAGCGCUACCCUAAAUCCAUCAUUGAGGUUUGUGUCAUGGUUCUGGAGGACGAUGGAGGGGCCCUUCCGGCUGCUAUCACCUGCGCCGGUUUGGCCUUGGCGGACGCGGGUGUCGAGCUCUAUGACCUGGUUACUGGAGCAUCCGCGUACGCAUUCAGCUACAAGGAUGAGUCCGGUGCAACGCGGCAAGCCAUUUGCUUGGAUCUGGAUGCAUCAGAAUAUGCAGCGUACAAAGACUACCCCGACUUUACGGCAAUUCACUUUGGCUUCUGCCCAGCCCUCUCGUCAAUCUGCUGCCUGCAGUGUAGGGGGCCUCUCAUCGGGGGCACUUCCGGUGAACAGCUCUUCAGCCUCUGCGAGGCCGUCUGCACGGCGAUAGGCAUGGAGGUUCGCCGUUGCCUGCAGAGCGCCUUCGCCAUCAAGGAACAAAAAACUAUUUUGGAUGUUUCGCAGAAAAGGGCCACAGCCGAGGGCAGCGCUUCUCCCUGA